ACCACUUCGUAUUCAAUGGUGACAUAAACUAUCUACUAUUUUAGUUAGUGUAGUCCAAUCAAUAAUUAUUACAAUGCUAGCCUAACGGUAAAAAUAUCACAUUAACGGUGUUUACUGGUCAAGUGGACUUGUGUGUGUUCUCCUCCUCUUGUUUACUUUUGCUUCAAGUAAAAUUCGACCAAAAUAUGUUUCAGCAAGGAAAAUCGACAAUGUCGGUCACACUUAAAGUGUUUGUGUACGGAACCCUAAAAACUGGAGAACCAAACCACCACUGGUUAACUAAACCCGAAAACGGUCACUCCAAAUUAGUUGGAGAAGGGAUGACCUUAGUGAAGUACCCUCUGGUGAUUGCCUCAAGGUAUAACAUCCCCUUUCUUCUUGAUGUUCCUGGCAUAGGACACAACGUUUCUGGAGAAGUAUACGAGAUUGACGAGAAGAUGCUUUCCAACCUGGACAUCCUGGAGGAUUACCCGUCUUACUACACGAGGCGACUGGAGACUAUAGUAAUGAAGGCGGAGGGGAGUAUCCAGGAACAAUGCUGGACUUACUUCCUGAACGGACACAAGCCUCACUUGCUGGAGUUGCCCACGAUGGCGAGCUACUCCUCUCUGGGAGACCAUGGCCUGCAGUACAUGGAGAGGUACCGCAGAGACCCUGCUUACGACCACAGACUUGAAGUCAUAGACAGAGCCUUGUUUUAGCCAUACCAUGCAAUUAUUACACUGCGUUCUCUCAAACGUCUAGACAUUAUUAAUUAAUUGUAUACGCUUUAGUUAUUUUUUGGGGUUCUCUAAAGCUAGUCGGAGCCAUUUACCGUAUCAGGGUACACUCAGGUUAUAAUUUUUUUAACGUGCAAAAUUUGCAUGCCCUAACAGGGUUUCGAACUCGGACCCCCUGGUGUGAGAAGCUGAUACGCAACCACUCAGCCACCAGAGGCGGCAAAUUUUUAAGUUUAUUAAGUCAAUUCAGUCGCAUGAUAAUAUUUAUCUUAAGUAAUUAUUUUAAUAAUACAAUACAUACAGAUAAAUAAUAUUUUUGUUUCAGCAACAAUGAAUCCACCAUUGAUGACGUAUAACAUCGAAUUUAAUGGGAACAAACUAACAAUUAAUUAACACCGACUGAGAACUACUAUUAUUGUAUAAAACGAAUACAUUUGCAUGUUUUAAUUAGACUAUAUACAUUCCUGCGUAUGUUAAUCAUUUACAAUACCAUUGUACCAAUAUUUAAUAAUUAAACAUUAUGUUGUAAAAA